AUGAGAAUCCAGCUUGGUCUAGAGGCCGUCUUGGCAAUUGGCGCCUUCUGCGCUCACUGUGCUGCUCAAUCCUUCCAGAGGCUCGGAACAUGUCCAACUUUAGGCUGCAUUAUUCCACCCGACCAAGCGGAUUUCCUCCCGGGCCAACAUUUUGAUAUCAGAGCCGAAGUGCACGCUCCUUUGAACGGAAGCGAAGCGAUUAAGGGCUACACCACUCCCGAUCCCAGUUUCACUCUGAGCAUCGAGCGUGAGGGCGGGAAUGCUCAACCGGUCUCAGCCUUUUUCAAUCUUCCAGAACCAAAACUCGAGACUUGGAAUUUUACUUGGUAUGAGGACCUGUUUGCUCAUGCCGCCAAGACUCCAUCCCAGGUCAGAGUUGCGUCAAAGGCAUGGCGAAAUGUUGCUCUGUAUGAACCGGGUCAGUAUAUUGCAACCUUAACGUAUCGCAAUGGCUCUCAGACGACGGUUGCCAACUGGACGGUCCGGGAUAUUUCUCCCCGUCAAAGGGCCAAGAAUGUUGUGAUGUUCAUCGGAGACGGCAUGACCACCAACAUGAUUACUGCUGCGCGCCUUAUCGGCCACCAAUCCAUCAACGGCAAGUACCAGACCAAGAUGGCCAUGGACCAGUUUCCCAUGCUGGGUCACCAAAUGACACACUCAAUCGACAGCUUCAUCACGGAUAGCGCCAACUCUGCAACCGCUCUCUACUCUGGCCAUAAAUCCACUGUGAACGCAUUGGGUGUCUAUGCUGAUAGCUCUCCGAACAAGUUCGACGACCCAAAGAUCGAAAGCAUCGCUGAGCUUUUCCACCGCCUUCGAGGCGGCGGUGUGGGGAUUGUCUCCACCGCUUUCAUUGCCGAUGCAACUCCUGCCGCCUUGACUGCCCACACACGAGAUCGAGGUCAAUACGGAGCAGUCAUUGACUCUUUUCUCAGAGGCAUUACAAACUAUACCUGGACCAACUGGACGGGCCCUGAUGUCCUCUUUGGCGGCGGUGCUGAGCAAUUCUAUCCUGGCAAAGGCUCCUUCCAGGGGAAAGACUACUAUCAAGAGUUCGCCAGUCAGAACUACACCGUUGUUUUAAACAAUACGGCACUUCAGGCCGCUGAUAACUCAAGUAAGCAGCUUGGAAUUUUCUCCGUCAGCAACAUGGCCAAGUGGCUAGAUCGCAAUGUCUACCCAGAAAAUCUGAACAAGUCUAGCACUGCUCCGGACGGCUCCAAGGCUGCUGCUACGGAUCAACCUGGCCUCAAAGAAAUGACUCUCAAGGCCCUCGAAGUCCUCCAAACCCGCCACGGAGAUAAAGGCUUCUUCAUCAUGUCCGAGGCCGCCAGUAUCGACAAAAUGAUGCAUGUGCUCGACUAUGACCGCGCUCUCGGUGAACUCCUAGAACUGGACGACACGAUCAAGGCAACGAUCUCCUGGCUUCGAGACGCCGGUGAGCUGGAAAACACCCUCGUCCUCGUGACCGCUGACCACGGUCAUGGUUUCGACGUUAUGGGCUCUGUCGAUACUCAUUACUUAGACACCCAGAAAGAAUCGCGUGAGAAGCGUGGCGCUAUCGGCACCUACCAGAAUUCCGGCCUCAGUCAGUAUGUCCUUGCUAAUCGAUCUGCUCCAAUCGGCAGCGACCAGAACCUCGUUUACGGCCCCGGGGUCAACUUCCCGGCUAAUUGGGAUCCUCGAUAUACGCUAUACUCGGGCGUUGCCGCCUUCCCUGACAAUCGCGAGGACUAUCAGGUCAAUAAGAAGGGCCCUCGUGUGCCGGCCAUCAACAUCACGGGCUUCUCCAACGAGGACUUUUUCGUCAAUUAUGUCGAUGCUGUUACCGGGUUCAUUAUCAACGGAUCGCUUCCUGUUUCAGCUGAUCAAGGCGUGCACUCCCUCACUGAUGUCCCCGUCUUCACGCGCGGACCUUGCACAGAGUUGUUUUCUGGUGUCUUUAACAGCAUUGACAUCUUCUACGGUAUGGCCGAGUGUCUUGGCCUUAGCCGAACGAGCCCCUCUUGA